CAAUUGGCUUAUUUUGCACCCUAUACACCGACUCGUCUUAAAUUAUUGGCCAACGAGAAAACGGGCCAUAGUCUGAAGUGGAUCUGAAAAGAAUAUUGAAUAUUGACUCAGGUCAUCGAGAGGUGUUUUAACAAUUGAGAAUGUAUCGAGAAAAUUUGUUGCAUAAUUGUUUCAGGAACCUCACGAAUGUAGCAGUGAACUUCACUGUGCGAUUCAAAGAGACUGGGUACAAACAAAUCGAACCACUUGAAAGAAGCAUCGAGUCAAGAAGCAUGCUGGGUAGUACCCCGAUUAGACUGGUUGCCAUGGAAGCUAAUGACGUCUACAUUAAGCCGCUCCAGGUCUAUGCACACAACACAAGCUCUACAUCGGUGGCAGUCUCAUGGGAUGAACCCGGAGACUUAACUCACGGAGUUUUCUGCGGGGUUGAGAUUUUAUAUCGCUUGAACGAUUCGUCACAGAAGUUCGGCGUCAGGGUUGCAUCAAGGAUACCAGGAUAUGAGCUAAUAGACCUCAUGAAGUAUGCGGUGUACGCCAUAAGCGUGAAGUCCUUCACCCUGGAGGGAGAAGGGAAGGAAAGUGACGAAGUUCUGGUUAGAACAGCAGAAGACAUUCCCACGUCUCCUCCAUUAAAUGUCAGCGGCUUUCUUAACGACACCAAAAAACUCACCGUCACUUGGCAACCACUUCCCUUGGAGCAUCGCCUUGGAGUUAUUCUAGGUUACCACAUCAUGUAUGAGAAACAGAAUAGUGGCAACCCUCAAGAAAUGAACGUGAAUGCCUUCAAUUUAUCAGCAGAACUACAAAACGUAAGGAGGGGAGGACUGUAUGAAGUUAAAGUUGCUGCGUUUAACAGCGUAGGAGAAGGACCACCUAGUCCACUUAUUGUGCUCAGAUCACCAGAUGGCGGUAAGUUGAGAAUGUAUCGAGAAAAUUUGUUGCAUAAUUGUUUCAGGAACCUCACGAAUGUAGCAGUGAACUUCACUGUGCGAUUCAAAGAGACUGGGUACAAACAAAUCGAACCACUUGAAAGAAGCAUCGAGUCAAGAAGCAUGCUGGGUAGUACCCCGAUUAGACUGGUUGCCAUGGAAGCUAAUGACGUCUACAUUAAGCCGCUCCAGGUCUAUGCACACAACACAAGCUCUACAUCGGUGGCAGUCUCAUGGGAUGAACCCGGAGACUUAACUCACGGAGUUUUCUGCGGGGUUGAGAUUUUAUAUCGCUUGAACGAUUCGUCACAGAAGUUCGGCGUCAGGGUUGCAUCAAGGAUACCAGGAUAUGAGCUAAUAGACCUCAUGAAGUAUGCGGUGUACGCCAUAAGCGUGAAGUCCUUCACCCUGGAGGGAGAAGGGAAGGAAAGUGACGAAGUUCUGGUUAGAACAGCAGAAGACAUUCCCACGUCUCCUCCAUUAAAUGUCAGCGGCUUUCUUAACGACACCAAAAAACUCACCGUCACUUGGCAACCACUUCCCUUGGAGCAUCGCCUUGGAGUUAUUCUAGGUUACCACAUCAUGUAUGAGAAACAGAAUAGUGGCAACCCUCAAGAAAUGAACGUGAAUGCCUUCAAUUUAUCAGCAGAACUACAAAACGUAAGGAGGGGAGGACUGUAUGAAGUUAAAGUUGCUGCGUUUAACAGCGUAGGAGAAGGACCACCUAGUCCACUUAUUGUGCUCAGAUCACCAGAUGGCGGUAAGUUUCCCAGUCUACCACCGCCAGUAGUAGUAGCCCAUAGUACAAGCUACUCGAGUGUAAUGGUCACGUGGGCAGCUAUCCCAGAAAGCCAUACCAAUGGCAUUCUUCAGGGUUAUGUAACGAUGCUCGAUGACAUCGACGAACGUUUUUAUGGAUGUGACCAAAUAAUAAAGAUCGAUGGGCUGGAAAAAUCCAAAGCUUACAAAAUUAAAGUUGCUGGUUACACCUCUAAAGGACUUGGGAACUUCAGCGAUGAAGUAAUAGCAAUCACUAACAUUGAUGGUUGCCAGGCUCUUGGUAUGGAAAACUACAACAUUUCCAACUCACAAAUUAGUGCAUCUUCCAAGGCUGGGGCUGGGGACGUUCAUGCCGCUAGCAACGGUCGAUUAAAUUUUGACCCAGACAAUAGUUACAUCGCGGGCUCCUGGAGCGCUGACGGCAGUGACUUUGAUGAGCCCUUUGAUCAGCCCUGGCUGCAGGUUGAUUUCCUAGAAAAAAUUACCGUAACCAAAGUAGCAACUCAAGGCAGACUAUUAGAUUCACUACGUUUCUUUCAGUGGGUGAAAACUUACUCGUUGAAUUAUAGUCAGGAUGGUAUUGAUUUUGAAGCUUAUGAACAGUUUGGAAAUGUGAAGAUCCACUUCUGGAAAUCUUCGCUUUUACUUUCUUCGCAGAUUUUUCAAGGCAACUGGGAUAGUAACACUGUUGUUUACAAUGCAAUUACUCCGCCUAUCAAGGCGCGCUACAUUCGGAUACUACCAAGAUCUUGGGAAGGUUACGUGUCUAUGAGAGCGGAGUUUUACACCUGUGAAUACGAUUUCAAGCUUGAACCAGUUAAUAUCACGUCCUCUGAACCAAGCUCCACUGGAGUCGGUCUCCAAUGGAAACCACUGGACCCCUUUAAAUUAGGCGAGCCCGUCUUAGAAUACAGAGUAGAAAUCUUUGAUUUGUUGAGAGGAGAAAGUUUUAAUUAUACGGUUAAUUCAUCAAUGACAGAUGUAAACCUGAACAUUUUGAAACCGUUUACGCCUUAUAAAAUCAAAGUGUUUGGAAUUACGAGCUCAUGGGAGGGAAAUAUCACCGACACAAUAGGACUACAAACACAAGAAGACGCUCCCAGCGAGUCUCCUAAAAACCUCAGUGUCCAACACACCGGCAGCUCAGAAUUAACAUUCCGACUGGAGCCAGUAGAUAAAUAUCAUAUCAACGGGCGACUCCGAGGGUAUAAAGGAAAUUAUCGAGAAAGCCUAUCUCCAAAUGAGCCUUGGAAGACCUUCGUUAUCAAUGUAACUCAAACCAAGCGCAGGAAAAGAAGCAUUGAGGACGAACAAGUUACCUUUAACCUGGAGGGUUUAAAGGCGUACACCUCGUAUACAGUCACUGUGUUGGCAUUUACUGUGAAAGAUGGCGUUCCCACAUUGGCGGCAAACUUCACCACCGCAGCGGACGUACCAGAUCAUCCUCCGUCAAACGUAACCGCGUGCAACACUAGCUCCACAAGUGUUAAUGUCACGUGGCAGCCUAUCCCUUUAGACCACAGGAAUGGAAUUCUCCUAGGAUAUCACGUAAGAUAUUGGAGACACGAUAAAGCAAACGAUACUAUCUCCGUGGUAACGGUAAACAGCACCAGCCUCCAUGCAGAAGUGGAGGGAUUAGGGAAGUAUAAGGAAUACAUCAUCCAAGUAGCCGGAUCGACAGUAGCUGGUUUGGGGAAUUUUUCUGAACCUGUGUUUGUUCGUACUGAGCAAGAUGACAGUUUUGGUCUGUAUUUUGCCAACAAAGUAAUAUCCUUUUGGGAAGAAUUUACGGCUGUUUUCCUUAGUUUAUUAUUUUUGUUUAAUACCACAGCUCCCAGCGAGUCUCCUAAAAACCUCAGUGUCCAACACACCGGCAGCUCAGAAUUAACAUUCCGACUGGAGCCAGUAGAUAAAUAUCAUAUCAACGGGCGACUCCGAGGGUAUAAAGGAAAUUAUCGAGAAAGCCUAUCUCCAAAUGAGCCUUGGAAGACCUUCGUUAUCAAUGUAACUCAAACCAAGCGCAGGAAAAGAAGCAUUGAGGACGAACAAGUUACCUUUAACCUGGAGGGUUUAAAGGCGUACACCUCGUAUACAGUCACUGUGUUGGCAUUUACUGUGAAAGAUGGCGUUCCCACAUUGGCGGCAAACUUCACCACCGCAGCGGACGUACCAGAUCAUCCUCCGUCAAACGUAACCGCGUGCAACACUAGCUCCACAAGUGUUAAUGUCACGUGGCAGCCUAUCCCUUUAGACCACAGGAAUGGAAUUCUCCUAGGAUAUCACGUAAGAUAUUGGAGACACGAUAAAGCAAACGAUACUAUCUCCGUGGUAACGGUAAACAGCACCAGCCUCCAUGCAGAAGUGGAGGGAUUAGGGAAGUAUAAGGAAUACAUCAUCCAAGUAGCCGGAUCGACAGUAGCUGGUUUGGGGAAUUUUUCUGAACCUGUGUUUGUUCGUACUGAGCAAGAUGAAAAUAGAGAUUUGAAAAGGGGGUUUCGUUUUCGAAAUAAUUUUGUUCUUUCCUCGACCUUAGUACCCGAUGAACCACCAGGUAACAUCAGAGUUCACGGAAUUGAACCCACAGUUUUAAAAGUUGACUGGCUUCCAGUGCCUUACGAAACUAUAAACGGCAUUGGAAUAGGCUACAAGCUCGCUCUAUUCAAUACCAGUGCGUAUAACAUUAGAAAUUACACCUUGGAGGCUUCUGUUCUUUCACUGAAAAUUACCGAUUUGGAUAUCUGGACAAACUACAGCAUCAAGAUGUCCGCUUUCACUGUUGUUGGAGACGGUCCAUGGAGUGAGUCAGUACUUGAAGAUACAGACGAAGAAGCUCCUUAUGAAAGUCCAGCAAAUCUGACCGGACAAAGCACAAACUCGACCUCAAUCUUCGUUCAGUGGAAUGCAGUUAUUUUACCCAAUAUUCGCGGGAUUCUUCGAGGUUACAGGGUUUACUAUGAAGAGGCUCCGGGCUCCGUCCAUGCAAGCGUGUUAAGAAACGUGUCUGUCGAUAUAUCUGUGACUGAAGCUGAGCUCAUCAACUUGCGCAAAUUUACCGAGUACCAUAUUUGGGUAACAACGUUCACUACCAGAGAGGGAGAGUUGAGCAAUUCCAUAUUCGUGCGGACACGAGAGGACACUCCAGGACGCCCACCAUUGUACAUCACAUACUCUUCGCCAAGUUCCACUAGUCUUUUAGUUGAAUGGGGUGCAAUCCCUCCGCAGUUCAAAAAUGGAAUCAUAAGAGGAUUUCAAGUUCACUUCCAACACAAUGGCACGAAGGAAGUUAGAGUGCGAGGACCACUCCUCUACUGGGUCAUUCUUGAUGGUUUAAAGAAGUUUACAGUCUAUCAUAUUCGAGUUUUUGCCUUCACAAAUGAGGGAUAUGGACCAGAAAACAACAUAACGGCGGUCACGGCCCAAGAUGUUCCCAGCAGGCCACCAGAGAGCAUCAUCGCUGAAAGCCACGUAACCCUGACAACCAUUCCUGUUACGUGGCAACCAAUCGAUUCCAGCUAUAUCCAUGGCAUUUUACUUGGCUACAAGAUCAGGUACCAGGCCGUUGCGAUUGGAGAGGAGCCAGUUGAAGAUCAGCCAAUCAGAGAGGAGAUAGUCAGCCCCUCGACCUUCUUUCUUGUGUUGAAAAAUCUCGAAAUAUUUACUUUGUAUCGCAUUGAUGUGAUGGGAUAUACGAUCAUGGGCAAUGGUCCACCGGCUACGGAUUAUGCAGGUUUGUCUAAUUUUCAAGCCAAUCAUACAAUGUCUCGGCGCAUAGAAUAUAUGUUUUUAGUAUAA